AUGAACAAUAAUGAUGUUAUAUUGAUUAAAAAAUUACAAAAUGGGUUAGAAUUAUUUGCAUGUAGUUUAUAUAAUGUCACCAGUACCAAAAAAAAUUUUUUUGUGACAGAGCAACAUGACAAAUUGAUGAAAAAAAUAGUUAAAUUAGAUGAGGAUAAAGUCCUGGAACAAUUGGUAAUUAGAUUUGUAUCGGAAUGUAAAUCAAGUUACAGGGAAAUAAAAAAACAAAACAGUAUAUUAAAAUUACAAGAUGCUUUCAAAGAUUUUGAUGAUAAAAUAGAAACAGAUUACAUUGCUAAGAUGUCGAUAAAUAAUGGAAAACAACAAUUUAAACCAAAAUUUGUUGAAAAAAAGCCUCUAUCGUCAGCAUGGGUAACACCCGAAUUUACAUCUACAGAAGAGGCAACCAAAGAAUAUCAACAUCAUUUAUACAGUGGUAAUAAUAAUAAAUUAUCUUUUUUAAUGGUCUAUGAAAUUUCAAGAAUACUGAAACCAUUUGGACCAAUUAAACCCACUUUUUCCAUAUGGGAAUAUAUUAAAACAAACUGUGGCGGUAGUAACGGGUUUAAAUUAAAUGAGUACUUUAGAGUAAUUUGUCAACAGUAUUGUAAAAGUCAAAAUAUAAAUCCCUUUUUAGAAAUAAGUAGAUUGCUUCCACGAAAUCAAAAUGUUUGGAAGUUAUGGGAGGACGAACAAAUUGAUAUUUCUACUACUAAAUCAUCAUCGUCGUCGCCGUCGCAUAUACUAUAUAGUGCAAAGGUGGUUCCAUGCAAAGGAAAAUUGGUGAUACAUUUGAAUCCACCAAAAAUUGGAGUUUCCAAAAGAUACUAUAGACUAUAUUCCUCAAAUAGAUUUUUACACAUAAAAGUUGAAACAGACAAUUUCGAUGGAGAGCUUCAAUCUCAAUUAUUAUGUCCAUUAAAUUUGUUUGAGAGGAGGUACGAAUUUUUUUAUGCAAAAGAUAAGAUAUUCUAUUAUUUUGCAACACAUGGUAUAGACUUAGAACCAAAAUCACUAUGGGAAGUUAUCGACUUCAAUAUCCCAAUGGAGUUAAAUCAUGAUCUAACAAUUUCAAAGUUCUACUCCAGAGUAUCAUUAGGCCUUUCCAACACUAAACCAACAAUUGUUUUUCAACCGCAUGAGAUUCGAUAUAAUGUUGAUGACAUUAUAAAGAACGGUCAUUGCAUGACAGAUGGCUGUUCUGCAAUUUCAUUAGCAGCAAUGAAAAAAGUUGCCUUGAUGUUGGGAUACUUGGAAACACCGCCUGCAAUUCAAGGUAGAAUAGGAGGCUCUAAAGGUGUUUGGUAUUUAAAACCACAAGAAGGUCAUGAUAAUGAUAAUGGUGUAUGGAUCGAGCUUCGGGAAAGUCAGAUAAAAUAUCAAUUGAGGCCUCACAGGGUUGGAAAUGAUGAACAUUUAAGGACUUUGGAAGUUAUUAAUGUCGUAAAAUCUCCAAAAACACCAGGUUUACUAAACAUACAAUUUAUUAGGGUAUUAGAAAAUGGAGGUUUAAGUGCAAACGUUUUCAUACAGAUAGUUAAAGAAAACAUAUCAAGAAUAAAAGAGAAAGUGAUUGGUAAUGAAAAUCGACAUGAACUGAUAUCUUGGCUGCAUGAUGUUGGUAAUAUAACUAAGAGAAGGAUAAAUGAAAAAUACAUGUAUAAUGAUGAUGAUAUAUCACCAGAAAUAACUAACCAAGAGGAUUUUACAAAUUUUGAGACAGAGCUAAAAGAACUUUCAGGGGUGCCUGAGUCGAAUUAUGAACAAUGUAUUCAACUUCUCAGUGCUGGUUUUACCCCAUCCAGUUGUGCAUUCCUUGCAAAAAAAUUGACAGAUGUUUUAAUUUAUACUUUAAGUCCGUUAAUAAAUAAGUAUAAGAUUGAAGUUCCAUUAUCAAGAACGUUGAUUUGCAUAGCUGAUCCUAGUGGUACAUUACAGCCGGGUGAAAUAUUUAUUCAGUUGGAUAAGUAUGCAGGUAUAGAUCCUAGAACCGGCCUACCUUUUGGUGUGAUCGAAGGAUAUGUGAUUUUGGCAAGGAAUCCAUGUUUGCUUCCAUCAGACAUUAUAAAGGUUAAGGCUGUCAAGAAUCAAUACCUGAAAAAUUAUUACAAUUUGGUAAUAUUCCCAAUAAAUGUUAAACCAGGAGAAGGUUCCUUAGCAAAUCAUUUGAGCGGUGGUGAUUAUGACGGAGAUAAGGAAGCAUUUGAGAAAAAUAAUAUUAGAUUACAAGAUGUGUUAUCUCGUUAUAAACAACCGUCUACUAGAGCCAGGAAAUUACAAGAGGUCAUCCUUUAUAUUUAUUUAUCAGAUCCUCCGCUUGGGUUGUACGAUUGGUUUCACCGAUUGCAUUCAAAUAAAUAUGGAUUAUCGAAUCCAAGAUCCAUAUACUUUGCACAAAUGUGUGCACAACUUGUUGACGCUACAAAGCAAGGAUUAAAAAUCAAACAGGAUGUUUUAAAAAUUGACAAAGAAAGUGUUUUUCAACUUCCAAUACCCAAAUGGAUGGGGAAAGGUGAUUUAAUUAAAAAUGAAAAAAAGAGAAAUUUAAAUGUGGAAAAGAGAGAAGGCGACGAGAAGAUGAGGGAGGGGGAGCAAGAAGAAAAUAAUGAUAAAAUGUUGAAUGAAAUUAAAAAAAGUGUGAUGGAUAUUUUAUAUAUAUCUGUUGAAAAUGAAAAAAAAGUGCUUGGAAAUGAAAGUUUCACUGUAGCAAAUAACCAAUCAGAAACCCUCGAUUCACAUAUUAGAUUGUUUUGGCUCCAUGAAAUGGAGCUUGCAAAUAAAAUUGAAGAUGAUGGUGCAUAUAAAUCAGAUUUAUUAUUGAUUGGAAAUUUUACACACAAAUUAAUUGUAAACUAUUUAAAUGGUUCUGAAUUAUUACAAAUUAGAUAA